UGGCCUUAAGGGUUGACGGUUGACGACUGAAGUUCGUUUGGGGAAAUAAAAAAGCUCUUAAGUGCAAAGGUUGCAAAAAAGUUUCGAUAAGGUGGAGAGCGACGCGAUUUUUUGCCAUCAACCUUCAAGUGAAAUUAGUUGCAAUCAGCCCUCAAAAUGUGCGACGCCCUCCAACUCAAUUGGAAGUUGAACCCGAAUGUGAAGAAUUCUAAAAAAUCGACAGGAUCUCUGAGCUGUGUCAAGCAACCCUUGUCUCAUUCCAACACCAAAGUGAAUGUCCGUAAAGGCAUGUGUGACGACGAGGAUGAUCAAGAAGACGAAGAGGAUGGUUCAGGAUCAUCCAAAUCUUACACUUUGAGAGCGUGUUCCAUCCAAAAGAGAAUGGAGACCGAGCAUCGCAAGACUUUACCUCGGAAACGGGGACCCAAGCCUAGGCCGAAGACGCUUCCUAUGAGUAAAUACAGGCGCAAAACGGCCAACAUGAGGGAGAGACAACGAAUGGGAGAGAUCAAUACCGCUUUUGAGCGUCUCCGGGAUAAGAUCCCCAAUCCCGUUCUUUCUGGGCGUGGCAAGUGCGAGAAAUUGACCAAGAUCAACAUUCUCCACGUCACAAUAAACUACAUUCGUGCCAUGGAGAACCUUUUGAACACGGGUGACUCCGGGAUUCGAUCCUUCAGUGAAAUGGUCCGGAACCCGAUCCGUCCCAACGAGAAGCCGAAUAAGUUUGAAAACGCCAUAUUUGAAGGUGAAAUGGAAGGAGGUGACUAUGACUCGGAAACUGGGUCUCCAAUAACAAAGAAGGCCAUUGAGGACGAAGGCUCUGGAAGGAAGAAGGUCUCAAGAAGACCCCUGAAGAAGGCCGAAAAGGUCAAGUCAACGGAGAAGCUACCUGGGAUGUCAUCCACCUACCCGUAUGGCUCCCAGCGACAAGAUCCCCAAUCCAGUUCCAAUUGUGCGCCUGGUUCGUUUUCAUCCACUUUCAACUUCUCGCCAACCACCUCGGCGACCUCCUCAGAUUCCUCGAGCACUUACACGCCGAUCAAGUCCUGCUUUGGUACUUCUUCUCCCUUUUCCGAUUCCGGUGUCUCUUCCUUGUCUUCCGCCGAACCUUCUCCUUCUCAAGGUUCUCGUAUGGGGCUCUGUCCGCUCCCUUCGGACAAGAUGGACCAAAUCGAUCCCUUGUUGGGGAGCUCAUUUCUCAAUGGGGUCCAUCUGAAUGGACCACCAGUGAGUGCCAUGACUUCCAUGGUGACAUCGACGCCUCUCAAGCAAUUCCAACCCUUUGAGGUCACUGAAGACGACCUUCUGAAAGAUGUGGCUGGUUUCGUGGACUCUCUGGACGGAACUGAGUUUCCUGAUAUUACCUUUGACGAUCCAUUUGAGUUCUUCCCCAAAACCAUGUCUUGAAGGGACAUGGCCGAUUUUUUUAUGCAGCAUUGUGCUGAUGAAGGAGAGUUGAACCAAGUUUGUACAAUACCUUCUACGUCUGUCUAAUCCUAUGCCCACCAACCUCAUCAUGUCCAUCUACCAAACUUGUUAAAUAUAAGAUUGUUUUCUAUCAAAAAGCAAACCUCCCUGAUUCGGAAUGCCGUUCAGAUUCAAUCUUUGUUGUCUUUGGAUGCCAUGCGGAAAUCAAACCAUAUACCGUGAGUUUGUUUUCUCAAGAGUCGUCAGUGUUCACUUUUGGUCUUUCCGAGCUUUUUGUCGAAUCUUGUGUGUAUGCUUUUUUAGUUUCAUCGGUAGAAUUCCUUUGAACCUUUCAUCGCAUGACAUCCAUCCAAGUUUUUUUCCCCAUUAAUUUUCCCAGAUUCGGUGAGAAAACAUGCGUGAAAUACCAGUCCAUUGGGUUAUCUAAACAUUGAAUCGGAAUUCGGAAUGCAUUCAGCUCAAGACGGGAUGGACACUUUACAGCCAUAACGAAACCCAGCAGAACACCGCUGCACUCUGCCAGUUCACUGUACGUUCUCUGUACUACGCAUUGUCGUAGAGUUCGUAAUGUUUAGAUUUGGAAAUUGAAAAGGAUGCCCUGAAUAGGUCGGCGAUUUUGAUAUAAAAACAUGGCGAAACUCCUUGUGAAGCGCUACUGUGUGUAGUGUGUGCAUCUUUGGACUCUUUCGUCGAAGAAACUCGGGGAAAGUGGAUAGAUCUCGUCCCACAAAAUGAAGAAAAAGGGGCUCCAUUAAAAUCGUGUUUUGGCUGGCUGAUGAAGUCAAUGAUAAUCUACACUGACAGAGGAGAUCCACGAGAUUUUCGUCACAAAAGACGUAGUAGCAUCAAAUAUUUUGUCAUGGAAUACAAGUAAUAAAGUUUCAUACUUUUUUCUUAUGCCGAAAUAAGCAAGCUUUUGCUUAGAUAACUGUUGAAUAUAAUC